UUUUCUUGGCUGGCCACCUGGCUUCUUGGGACCGCCGCUUAUGGCACCCUUCUGCCUUGAGGCCCAACAGGGGAGGGGUCUCCCCUACUAUCCCCUCCGUUGUGCCCAUUCACCCAUUCCACUCCCGCCUGGCUGCCGUCUCCAGCCGGUCCCGGCUGCCUGCCCGGUCACCCGAUCCGCCCUCUAAACUUUACGCGCGGCGCGUGGGGCGGUGGCUGGCCUGGUGGGGGCGGGGGCUGCUCCUUAAAGGAGCCGUCAGAGGGUCCCCUGCGGCCCUAGGGCAGGAAGGGGCCAGAGUGGAGAGGUGCUGCUGUAGGAGUCCUCGGUGGAGUGUGGAAAGACACCUGGCGUUGGCCUGGAAGACCUCUAGAGCCUGAGAAGAGGCAGUGAUCCUGGGGCAGAGUCCAGGGCAGCUCAAGGCUCCUCCACACACACACACUCGCUGAACCCUGAGCGCCCUGAGCUGCUGGGAUGGGGCGGGCCGGGGCCGCCGCCAUGAUCCCGGGCCUGGCCCUGCUCUGGGCAGUGGGGGUGGGGGGUGUUGCCCCCAGCCCCCCACGCCUUCGGCUCUCCUUCCAAGAGCUCCAGGCCUGGCAUGGUCUCCAGACUUUCAGCCUGGAGCGGACCUGCUGCUAUGAGGCCUUGCUGGUGGAUGAGGAGCGUGGACGUCUGUUUGUGGGCGCCGAGAACCAUGUGGCCUCUCUCAGCCUGGACAACAUCAGCAAACAGGCCAAGAAGCUGGCCUGGCCGGCCCCUGUGGAAUGGCGAGAAGAGUGCAACUGGGCAGGGAAGGACAUUGGUACUGAGUGCAUGAACUUUGUGAAGUUGCUGCAUGCCUACAACCACACCCACUUGCUGGCCUGUGGCACGGGAGCCUUCCACCCAACUUGUGCCUUUGUGGAAGUGGGCCACUGGCCGGAGGAGCCUGUGCUCCGGCUAGACCCAGGAAGGAUAGAGGAUGGCAAGGGGAAGAGUCCUUAUGACCCCAGGCAUCGGGCUGCCUCUGUGCUGGUGGGGGAGGAGCUAUACUCAGGGGUGGCAGCAGACCUCAUGGGCCGAGACUUUACCAUCUUUCGAAGCCUGGGCCAACGUCCAAGUCUCCGAACAGAGCCACACGACUCCCGCUGGCUCAAUGAGCCCAAGUUUGUCAAGGUAUUUUGGAUCCCGGAGAGCGAGAACCCAGAUGACGACAAAAUCUACUUCUUCUUUCGUGAGACGGCGGUGGAGGCAGCGCCAGCAAUGGGACGCCUGUUGGUGUCCCGCGUUGGCCAGAUCUGCCGGAACGACGUAGGUGGCCAGCGCAGUCUGGUCAACAAGUGGACGACAUUCCUGAAGGCGCGGCUGGUGUGCUCGGUGCCCGGCGUCGAGGGGGACACCCACUUUGAUCAGCUCCGCCCCUUCCCCGCAGAGGAUGUGUUUCUGCUGUCCUCGCGGGACCACCGGACCUCGCUACUCUAUGCCGUCUUCUCCACGUCCAGCAGCAUCUUCCAGGGCUCUGCGGUGUGCGUGUACAGCAUGAACGACGUACGCCGGGCCUUCCUGGGACCUUUUGCACAUAAGGAGGGGCCCAUGCACCAGUGGGUGUCAUACCAGGGUCGCGUCCCCUACCCGCGGCCCGGCAUGUGCCCCAGCAAGACCUUUGGCACCUUCAGUUCCACCAAGGACUUCCCCGACGAUGUCAUCCAUUUUGCACGGAACCACCCCCUCAUGUACAACUCUGUCCUGCCCAUUGGGGGGCGGCCUCUUUUCCUACAAGUUGGAGCCAAUUACACCUUCACUCAAAUUGCCGCGGACCGGGUUGCAGCCGCUGAUGGACACUAUGACGUCCUCUUCAUUGGCACAGACGCUGGCACGGUGCUGAAGGUGAUAUCGGUCCCCAAGGGCAGCAGGCCCAGCGCAGAGGGGCUGCUCCUGGAGGAGCUGCACGUGUUUGAGGACUCGAGCGCUGUCACCAGCAUGCAAAUCUCCUCCAAGAGGCACCAGCUGUACGUAGCCUCGCGGAGGGCGGUGGCCCAGAUCGCGUUGCACCGCUGCACUGCCCACGGCCGCGCCUGCGCCGAAUGCUGUCUGGCGCGUGACCCCUACUGCGCCUGGGACGGGGUCGCAUGCACGCGCUUCCAGCCCAGUACCAAGAGGCGGUUCCGGCGGCAAGACGUAAGGAAUGGCAACCCCAGCACGCUGUGCUCAGGAGACUUUUCUCGUCCCGCACUGCUGGAACACAAGGUGUUCGGCGUGGAGGGCAGCAGCGCCUUUCUGGAGUGUGAGCCCCGUUCGCUACAGGCGCACGUCGAGUGGACUUUCCAGCGUGCAGGGGUGACAGCCCACACCCAGGUGCUGGCAGAGGAGCGCACCGAGCGCACCGCCCGGGGGCUACUGCUGCGCAGGCUCCGGCGCCGAGACUCGGGCGUGUACCUGUGCGCUGCCGUCGAGCAGGGCUUUUCGCAGCCGCUCCGUCGCCUGUCGCUGCACGUGUUGAGUGCUACGCAGGCCGAACGGCUGGCGCGGGCCGAGGAGGCUGCGCCCGCCGCGCCGCCGGGCCCUAAACUCUGGUACCGGGACUUUCUACAGCUGGUGGAGCCUGGCGGCGGUGGCAGCGCGAACUCCCUGCGCAUGUGCCGCCCGCAGCUUGCGCAGCACUCAUUGCCCCCGGAGUCGCGGAGGAAUAAGGGCCGUAACCGGCGGACGCACGCUCCUGAGCCACGCGCUGAGCGGGGGCCGCGCAGCGCAACGCACUGGUGACCGGUCUGUACCCACGCCAGGGACCAAGCAGGAGACGACAGGCUGGAGAGGAGGCAGAUAGACCCUGAAAAGACGGACGGGUUGGGCUGGGCCCGUUGGGGGUCCCCGGCCGACAUAGACACCCACCGACAGGCCCUGGCUGAGGGCAGCUGCGCGGGCUUAUUUAUUAACAGGAUAACCCUUGAAUGUAGUAGCUCUGGGAAGGGCGGCACAGGCCGGGCGCAGGAUUCAGCCGGAGGGUAAGGGACGGGGAAGCCGGGCUCCAGAGCAACAACCAGGGCCGAGGAGGUGCCUGGAGUGCCCACCCUGGGGGACAGACCCCACCUCCUUGGGCAGUGAGCAGUGAGCAGAAAGCUGUGAACAGGUUGGGCUGUUGGAGGCGGAGCGAGGCAGGCCGACUGUACUAAAGUAACACAAUAAAAGCAUUAUCAGCCGAAGCUGGAAUGGCCCCAGCAGACAACCCCA